AUGGAGAUCUGCGCCCCUAGCCAGCGUAACUACAUGGGCGCCCUCUAUAUGCUGCCAUGGUCUUUGGGCUACAUGCUGAUGCCGAUGAUCGCCUACUUGGUGCGGCCGUGGCGCUGGCUGACGGCCGUGUACGCCGCGCUUUUCUUCAUCACCUUCAUUUACAUUUGGCUGCCCGAGUCCCCGCGCUGGUUGAUCCACCACGGCCGCCACUCCGAGGCCCUGCGGGUCCUCCACUGGGCGGCGCGUGUCAACGAUAGGACGCUGCCCUCAGACGAGCGACUCCUUGCCACCAUGCAGACAAUCAUGAGGAGGGAAAGACGCCGCGCCCCCGACGCGUCUCCCACCAUAACCAACACCACCAGCUGUCUGCGCAUUGGAAGUCGGUACCUCCUGGCGGUGCUGUUGACCCCCGGACUGCGAUUCAAGGCUCUCGUGGUGUUCUACCUAUGGGCAGUUGGUGGGGCGUCUUACUUCGGCCUCAGCAACAACGCCAGGAUUCUAAGCGCUAACGUAUACCUGCACACAUUCCUGGUGGGACUGGUGGAGGUGCCAGCGGUGUUGCUCCUCUGGCCGGCCAUCACCUACCUGGGCCGCAGGAAGAUCCUUGCCUUCCUGCUGAUAGUGUGCAGUGUCUCCACAGCCCUUAUGACGCUGAUCAUGGUGACGCGCCUAACAGUCCCAGACUUCGUUAAGCUGCUUUUAUCGCUGAAUGGCAAGAUGACCAUCACAGCCUUUUACCACUUAAUGUGGGUAUACACGCUGGAGCUGUUCUCCACUGCCAACAGGGCCCGUGUGGUGGGGGAGGCCAGCAUCCUGUCCAGGGUGGUGACCGUGUCCGUACCGUACAUCAACCACCUGCUGGGUGAAGUGUUGCCCUGGGCACCCUGGGCCCUGUGCAGCCUGGCAGCCCUCGUCGGUGCGGGCCUGGUGUUCUUGCUCCCGGAGACCACUAACAGGAAGAUCACGCAGCGAGACGACUACCACCACGACCACCAAGACGACUACCCUCUCCAGGAAGCACUCAGCAGCAAGGCAGUUGCUUAAAACACUGAGAAGUUGAAGGAAUCCAUUGAAUACUGCUCGAAGACUGCAACCAUUUCAGUAACUUUUAUUGAGUAUUCCUACCACACGUGAUUGCAUUAUUGCAUAAGCACAGUAUUGGAAGUAUCCGUGAACUAGUUUGAUUUACAUGGCAUUAUUAAAGGAUAUAUUUUGGAACAUACUGUGAAUCCAUUCCAUAUUAGGGCUGCUCAACGUUUACAAUGGGUAUGUCAAGACGACAUUCGCCUCUGCAUAGUUGGAAGGCCAUGCAAACACUUUUGUAUGGACCUUGAUGCAAACGGAUCUAUAUGCUCUCAACAUUGUAUCUCCACGUAAUUCUUCCAUUGCAGUACACCUCACAUACUCUUGUCAGUCCAGCACCACUAUUAGCUCCCAUUUUAUCUUGAGGUGUAAACAUGGAUUCUUGGACCGAUGGAGUCCUGUUUUCCGUGGAACCACACCUCUAUUGUACCCAAGACAGUGUAGGCUCCCAGCACCAAUGUCGUGGGUUGCAAAACUGUGAUAGCUCUGAGGCUGACAAACACUGCUUGGCCUAGAGAUGGACCUCACUGCAUCAUAACUUCAUCAAAUUAAACACGACUUCAAUUAAAAGCACGGUCUUAAUGAUGUUAAAAAUGACCUCAAUCAAGUUAAACACGAGUAGUUGGAAUCUACCCACCCAGGGCGACAAAAUUGAACUUGAAAAUUGACCAAUUCCCCCCAAAAAAGAAAAAUCCCCUAACUCCCCCUCCCUUAUACUUGAGGUUUCAAAAUCACCCUCCACUCUUUGAGGCUGCCCUUCGGAUGUGCUAUAUAGUUUAUAAGAGUCUAUAUCUGUAUCCCCUGACCCUCUCACCAUAGUUUUCUUCAGUACUUCACAACAAAACUGGUAUAACUUUACCUCGGAGAGCUCGAGUAUCUGAAUUCUGAAGUAUUCCAAACUGAAGAUGACACAGUUGUACUGGUGGGUUUUGAGAAGUCGCUAUCAUUCGAUUUUAGUUCUUUAAAGGGAAUGAUUCUCUGACACUUUUCAUUAACUCCUUACUACGGAGGCCAUCCCACUAAACAGUUCAUCCGUGGCAAACCUAUUCGCUGGGGUUAUAAAGGAAGGAUAGCAGCUUCUCCAUUAGGAUAUUUUUACUUCAUUGACAUGUAUCAAGGAAAUAUGCUACGAAAGGUGUCAGCUGCUACAAAGAUAUGUAUGGCCUAGGUGGAGAAGUAGUCUCAGUACCCUGGAAGAAAAUUCUCUUUAUUCUUUGACAACUUCUUCACGUCAAUCAGACUCUUGGAGGUAAUCAAGGAAAGGGAACACUCUGCGACUGGAACAGUUCAUAGCAACAGAACAGAAAAAUGUCCCCUGAGCAAUGCCAAACAACUUGAGAAAUGCUCAUGAGGAAGAGAGGAGCAUUUUCUUGAGAAAGACUCAGGCAUUUCAGUGGUACCAUAAUGUGGAAUGAUAAUGGUGUGGUUACCAUUGCAUCUACAUAUUAUGGCAUGCACCCUGUCAAGCAAGUUCAGCGUUGGUCAGCAGCUGAACGUAAAUGAGUGAUGAUACCCAUGCCUUCAGUAACUGGAAUGUACAAUUCAAACAUGGGUGGUGUAGACAGGCUAGACCAGAACGUAGCCAAGUACCGUAUUGCAAUUCGUGGAAAAAAAUGGUAGUACAUCCCUAUUCUAUCAUACUUGCUGAAUGUAUGUAUGAAUAAUGCAUGGGUAUUUGCUCAGGAAGGCGGGUAUAAAAAAGAUCAUUUAGCUUUUACGCGCCAUGUUGUGCAACACCAGCUGAAGAAGUAUGGAGUACCACCAUGUAAUCCAGGCAGACAGAGAAUGCUUACUGCUCAAAAUGCACAUGUAGAUGAGGAGAGAUAUGACAAUAAAGGGCAUGAUAUUUCAAAGAGUAUUCCUGAAAGUCGAUGCCGAUGUAGGCAAUGUAAAAGUCAAACUGUCUAUGUUUGCAACAAAUGCAAUGUUCCCUUGCAUGUUAAGUGCUCAUUAGAUUACCACAAAAGUACUGCCUGAGUAGGUUAGAAGUGUGAACUUGAAGGUCAAGGAAUUCUUUCAUUUUACAAAAUUCUAAAUUGAUUUUUAAUAACUUUGAAUGUAACAGAAUCCUAUUAUUUACACAGAGAUUUAGUACUGGAUAAUGGGGACCAUUGCAGUUUGCUAAUUAUGGUGUAGCCUAUGUGCAUUAUAUAGUGAGAAUAUUGCAAAUAUAAACGUUUCGUAUGGUAAUGAUUUUAUCAUGUGCUAUGUUAAAUUUCUUACUGUAAAGAUCUUUUCA